AUGCCAGGUCGGGUUAAGGCUGUGGUAAAUAACAUCCAACUUCUUCACAAGAGCGCAGAAGACGCAAAGAAAGACGCUAAGCUUUGGGCUAGCCGGAGCGAGGGCGAUGAAGGAUACGAAUUUGAUGUGCCUGAGGAGGGCUUAGACCUUUCAGAAGAAUGGCACCCAGAUAGGAUAGACCUGCGGCACACCUUUCACGAUGUAGUCUUCAGCCUACAGGACGGACCAGGAGUUACGAAUGGUUCUCCAGGCAUAAAAGAGUUGCUACAAACGCUGGAUAACGCCGGGUUUUCUAGCAUAGAUGACGACUCCAGAAUACAAAGCACCAACAGUCAACCAUAUAUGCAAACAACACUACCAAAGCAACAUUUAAAAAUCACCAAAGCGGCGCAGGAAAGACUCCAUAAAGAGCGAAUGCUAGCCAUCGAAGGGGAUGAAUCCGCCGAAAGACCCCUACAUACCGGUGCCGAAACAGGCUUUGGCGACAACGAUGCUAAUAUAGAUUUCCCAGCCCAGCCAGCGAUAGUUGGACUGAAACCUGCUUCAAACUGGAUCGCAAUUACGGCCGCUAAUACGUUCACCCAGGCAGGGAAGAUUAUCGGUGCGGAGAGAACAUUAAAUCGCAUGCAGGGAAUAGCGCUUAGUCUCAUCUGCGAGGCGCUCGACGAACGAACAAACGGCGCUGAUCGGCAACACCUGCAAUACGUUGGCGGGGGAGGCGGCACUGGAAAGUCGUGGCUUAUCGAUACCGUAAAAGAGGUUUUCGCAGCCAAAGGGGCGUCCAGCCGGCUUGUUAUUACGGCAACGUCGGGAACGGCCGCAGCAGGUAUCGGCGUACUCGACGAGCAAAAACGGGCUGAAGGGGACGCCUACCUGCUUGGUUUUCUUGAACGCCUGCGAGAGGGCAAGCAGACAAGAGAGGACGCCGCGAAGCUCGAAGCGCAAUAUAAUAGCGAAUCGAAAUUCGAUUUCACCAGCGGCAGGCGAGCUGUUAUACCUCUAAACCGACACCGGUGGGAUCUGACGUUGCAUGCAGCCCUAGCAUAUAGCGUCGAUACUGGUCGUAAGAUAUCGAUAUAUCUUUCGAAGCACAAGUGGGAAUCGCGGAUACCUACAGCAGAGGAGAGAAAAGCAGCCAUGCUAUUAGGCGACGAGGGCAAGCUGAGCGCAGCUGGUAUGUUCCCUUAUGUCGAGGGUAUGCCGGUGGUAAUCAACGAGAACAAGUAUAUGGGUCUCAAGGUUGUCAACGGCGCAGAGUUUACAGCCCCGUUAAACGUAAAGCAGUUCCUAGAGGCGCGCAUGCCGGAGGAGCUAGUCGAAGGAACCAAAAGACUAAGGAUCCUCGCGGAAGCAACAGUCCGGGCGUUCGAGGCUAGGGAGAGAGAUGAAGCAUAG